AUGCGCACUGACCCCGGAAUAACCGAGAACGUAAGAUUGUGUAUGGACAUUAUUCAACCGAUCCAACUUCAUGCGCCUGCCCUUCUAGAAGUUCUGUUGACAAAUUUCAUGUUUGGAUUGUUCUCCGCUGCAGGUUGGCUCCGCAGCAUCAUCCCUAAGACUGCUUUGAAGGUUGAGGAGGAGGCCUGGAACGCCUACCCCUACAUCAAGACCCGCUACUAUGUGCCCUUUAUGGAGAAAUUCAGGCUCGAGUUAGAGACCAAGUACCUGGGCGAUGGUGGUGAUCGGGAUGACGUCUUUGAGCUCCCACGGAACGGCAAGUUGUUCACUCUGUGCUUGGCAGCCUUCCACGCGACAGCAUUAAGUGCACAAUAGAUGCAGUCCUCAGAAUCCACAGAUUCUCCCUCUAGCAGCCGCCAGUUGACUGUCCACGCUGGUCAGCUACCUGAUGCCAGCAUCGGGCGCAAGUGGAUGGCCGUGAUAGACAAUUCGUAUGGUGUGCCACAGACCAUCUGCUCCCCCUUUCCGCCAAGUAACGUAGCAGGUUUUCACACAACUGUGCUAGGCAACUCGAAGCUCGCAUCUUUUAGAGUGCCAGUGGCCAAAUACUGGAAGUACUGA